AUGGGUGCGUCUGAGUCGAAGUUGGUAUUCAAGCAGGGAAUUUUCCGCCUGUCUGAAGAUCAAGCCAUCCCUGCAACAGACCCCUAUUGGACUGGAUUUUGGCGAUUGCCCGAGUCGGUUGAAGAUGUAUUCAGCCUGUUCUCGCCAGUCGAUAUCAGACGAGCCCGUGAUUCUUCUCUAGCCAACCUCGAAACCCUUAUCCUUGCAGUCACGGCAAGGCUAGACGCUCUUCGCAACCAUCCAUCUUUCCCUGAUCUCGAACUUGCUCCCGAACGUGAUGCUCUCAAUUGCAUUCGAAUCUUGACCCGCGUACUUCCCUACGUCUAUGAAGCGGAUCAACUCGCGGACUGGGAGGAAAAGUUCUUUUGGGGCAUCAGACGGAGAAAGAAGAGAAGAGCACAAGUUGCUGCAGAGGUCUUGUUUGAUGAAGCAAACGAUGGUGACAUGCAGAAACAGGAAGCGGAGGAGCAGGAGUAUGAAGAAUCAAAGCCACUCGGAGAAGAGCUCCUCGACACCUUGACGGACCUCCUGUUCUACACUGGUUUUACGAUACCCAGACUACCCACCGCCAAGGACAAGGUCACCUAUGCGAUAUGGCAGAGCGGAGUUGGCUGCAAGACUUCUAUCGGCACAAGCAAGGAGCUGGAAAGCAACAGAUGUGAGGUUCUGCGCUUGUUGCUCACGAUGACCAGCAAAUCCCUGUAUCUCUCAUCAAGCAUGUUACCAGUACACGGUGUCAAAGCAAUCACCUAUCUGGUCACUUGUCCGGACAAGCAGAUUGUCUUGUCAGUUCUGUGCUCCCUGCUCAACACUGUCAUCAAGUACAAUGCCGCAACCUGGAGGGUCCCGUACGAUCACGUUGUGUGGAAGGAUCCAAAACAAGCGCUUGUCAUCUACAGCUUGCAAUUCCUGCUUGUCCUCCUUCUGUAUCCUGUUCCAGAAGAAGGACAUGGCCCGCCGCCGAAGAACUACUAUCGGUCCUGGUUAGGAAAGCUACAUCGACCAGAAGAUUUCCAAUUCAUUGCCGAAGGCAUGGCGCGAAUCUUGAGUCAACCCAUGCAAGCCACCUCGUCCUAUCUUCCUGGAAGUCAAAAAUCCGUGAGAUGGGCACCUGAGAUGAUCAUGCUGUUCUGGGAGACUCUGCAGUGCAACCGACGGUUUCGCACCUUCAUAAUCGACUCGAAUCGAGCACAUGAUUUCAUGAUUCUCUGUCUCUUCCACGCCAUUGAAUCCAAAACAGACCUGUCCAAGCAGGGUGUCGUAAGGAUGUGCGUCUUUGUUCUACAGACCCUGAGCGUAGAGCCGAAAUUCGGAAAGAGUUUGAAUAAGAAGUUCGAUGCUCAGGAGACAUUACCGCAGAUUAUUCGUCUUCCUAACUUCCGUGGAUCGUAUGCCGACUUUCUCAUCAUUUCCAUCCACGCUUUGAUCACAGGAAGUAAAGGCAAACUGGAUGCAAUAUAUCCGGCAUUACUUGCAAUCAUCAACAACAUCGCUGCAUAUGCGCAACAUCUCUCAGCCGCUACCAGUUCCAAACUCUUGCAACUUUUCGCAUCGAUGUCUUCACCUAGCUUUCUUCUCGCCAACGAGACCAAUCACGUCUUACUACAGUCUCUACUCGAAUCCAUCAAUGCAGUCAUCGAGCACCAGUAUGCCGACAACCCUCACCUCGUUUACGCCGUUCUCAAAUCCAAAAAACGUAUCGAAGCUUUGCGCGCGUUUACCUUGGAAAAUGGCCAAAAUGAAAUAGAAAAGAUUGCCCGUCGACGAAAAGAAAUACUUAACGGCGCAGAUGGCGUGACUAGUCCCACGAGAUCUGGCUCAGUUGACCAUCUCCCUUAUCGUACACCUCCAAUCCGACAAGGGUCGCUAAAUCAUGUCCCUGAAGACGGCACAUUUGCCAUCGGCGACUCAGAAGAUGAAUCUGAAAAUGAUAUGAUUCAACACACGCCAGCACAGUCUCCACCAUCUAUUCGCCACUCACGCGCCUCAUCUCUCUCUUCAGCAGAUGAUAAUCUCCCCGUCCAGCUUCGGGGCAUGUCUGAAAAAGCUCGAGGUAAAAUGCCUGCCAAUGCCACAUCCUUUUCUCGUCACGGCAGCACCACCAGUCUCGGUAGCCACACAACAAGGCAAAUCCUCAGCCCUACCAUUAACAGCUUUGGUGGAUUUACACCCACACCUCAGUGGAUAGAAUCUUGGCUUCCAGAGCUUCCGCUUCACACAAUGCUGACCCUCAUCAAAGCCCUGGGUCCACACCUCCCUCCCUCAUCAUCAUCAUCAUCUUCUUCUUCCGCACCAAGAGCAACGCCAGGAGCAACAAACACACUCACCAACACAACAACCCCAACCCGUCCCUCUACCUCCUCCAUUCCUGACCCCCAAACCUCAACACAUGCUCACCACGCAUUCCUCACUUCCCUCCCCCAAACCACAAGCCAUCCCCUCAUCGCCCCUCUCCUCUCCUCUCCCACCCCGCCAAAAAUCCAGACCUUCGAAUGGUCCUCCCUCUCCCUAGGCUGGUACGAAUCGCUGCUCUGGUCCUUCAUCUUCGCCUCGGAAAUGCUCGUCGGCAACAAUGCUUCCACCUCUUCCACUGCCUCCUCCGCAACCGCGGGACUCGUUGGUGUCACUGGCGGAGGAGGAAGUGUAGGCGUGUGGAACGGCACGGCAAUCAAGCUGUUCCAUGUCAAGGAGGGGGUCAGGGAGGGCCCGACGUUGAUGCGGCCCAAGGGCGCGGUGGAUGCGGUGGGCAAUCGAAUCGUGAAGGGAAUCGGCGGGUUGGGGAUUGGAUUCGGGCUUGGUGGCGGUGGGCAGCAGCAGACGCAGACGCAGGUGCAGACACAUGGUGCUGUAGGUGGUGGUAGUGGUGGAGGUGGAGUAAUAGGGGGACGGAGCGUGAGGGAAGUGUGA